CAUGCUGGGAAGGUUGGUAAAUUGGCAGCUUCAUGUCACACAUGCGUACCGACAAAGUGAAUGGCACACGGGCGCAGGAGUGACACCGAGAAUACCAGAGCUGAUCCACGGAAGCAGGGCGAAGUCCACGCAAGGGGGAGGAAGAAAAAGGAGGAGAAGGAGGAAAAAAGAGGAGAAGCGCGCGUGGAAAGGAUGAAGGAGAAAGCCACUGGAGGCUUUAGUAUCCCACCACCGGCUGUCUCCGAAAUCCCAGCGUUAGAAGACGACCUCGGGGAGUGGAGGCACGUUUGAAUUUGGGCAAGUUGGGAAAGUUCAGCGAAAUGGUUAUAAAUGAGUCUCACCUGAACAGCUCCUCGACAGACCCCAGUGACACCGUCCUGAACCGCCCACCGUGGGUCUCCACAACUUUGGGGUGCUUUCUUAUCUUCACCAUCGUUGUCGACAUCCUGGGCAAUCUCUUGGUCAUCUUCUCCGUGUACCGAAACAAGAAGCUCAGGAACGCAGGGAACAUCUUUGUGGUGAGCCUGGCAGUGGCAGAUCUUGUGGUGGCCAUCUACCCGUACCCUCUGGUCCUCACCUCCAUCUUCCACAAUGGCUGGAACCUGGGUUACGUCCACUGCCAGAUCAGUGGCUUCCUCAUGGGCGUCAGCGUCAUCGGCUCCAUCUUCAACAUCACCGGCAUUGCCAUCAACAGAUACUGUUACAUCUGCCACAGCCUCAAGUAUGACAAACUGUACAGUGACAAAAACUCUGUCUGCUAUGUGAUGCUAAUCUGGGCGCUGACUGUGGUCGCCAUCGUGCCCAACCUGUUCGUGGGUUCACUCCAGUAUGACCCACGGGUUUACUCCUGCACAUUUGAGCAGUCAGCCAGCUCAGCGUACACUAUCGCAGUGGUUUUCUUUCACUUCAUUUUACCCAUCAUGAUUGUCACAUACUGCUACCUGCGCAUUUGGAUACUGGUCAUACAGGUGCGGAGACGGGUCAAGCCAGACAACCGGCCCAAGCUGACGCAGCACGACGUCAGGAACUUUGUCACCAUGUUCGUGGUGUUUGUGCUUUUCGCCGUUUGCUGGGCUCCGCUCAACUUCAUCGGCCUGGCCGUAGCGAUCAAACCAGAGGUGGUGGUUCCCCUCAUCCCCGAGUGGUUAUUCGUGGCCAGCUACUUCAUGGCCUACUUCAACAGCUGCCUUAAUGCCAUUGUGUAUGGUGUGCUGAACCAGAACUUCCGGCGUGAGUACAAACGCAUUGUAGUGUCAGUGUGCACGGCACGCAUCUUCUUUCAGGACAGCUCGAACGAUGCAGUGGAGAGGCUCAAGAGCAAACCGUCACCACUCAUCACCAACAACAACCAGGUCAAGGUGGACUCUGUCUGAUCCAGAACUCCGAGAAAAAAAAGGAAGCAAACAUGAAAAGAUAUGUAGUGACUGAGCGUAAAAAACAAAACAAAAAAAAGAGAAAAGUUGAGAAAAAUACCAAAUAUGAAUAUAACACAGCUUCUAUCCUCUGAGCUUAGUCAUAUGGUGCUAUCUGACCUCUGAACAAUCGGUAAAAGCAGGGGUGCAUAUUAUCUUUGUCUUUUAUCAAGCACUCCUGUUUGACUCUGCAGUACUUGUAGUACAGUAAAUAUAUGAUGUCUGUUUUGUUUUCAUGUUUACAGUGAUGAUAUAAAUGUAUCAUGCAUUAUAUAAGUAUUUAUUUUGUAUGAAAUGUUAUGUUAAAUGAAAACAACAUUUUAUCAAGCUAAUAAAAAAAAAAAAAAUCUACAAAAGUUGGUUAAAAACAUAACCAGAAGUUUAUAAAUUUAACCAAUUUUAAUAUUCUCAUUUGUGACACUGUAACACUAAUUGAGUGUAAGCAAUGUGGGUUGCUGCUGUAUUAUUAUACCCUGCAAUACAUUAAGUGGAAUAUAUAUUUGAGUCUCUCUCUCUCUCUCUCUUUCUCUGCCACCUUGUGAGCUCAUUAUACUGUAUGCAUGGAUAUGCAGGAAUCGUUCUAAUGCAAAAUAAAUGCGAUAUUUAUCGUGCUUUAGUCCUGUGUCCAAUUUUCUCCCAAAUGCAAGUUUAUUGCAAUCCUGUAAAUGCAUAACUUUGGUCAUUUUUCAUAGUUUUAACCAUCUUACCUAACCAUUAUCAUAACAAUGUACUCCCUAAAGCAAUUUCUGAUAUCUCAGUAGACAGCCUCUCUAAAGUGAAGUUCA